GACAAGAUCAUUGGCUAUUUGGGAUCCAGAAGUUUUCCUUAAAAGCUGAUUGCCAAGCUACUUCAGAGUGUGUUGUGGAGACUGGUCAUGGUAAUGUAGUAGAUCAGUUAAAUUCAUUAACAAUUGUGUCACCCAAACUCAACAGUUCAGUAUUGUGUAUAGUAGUAGUAUGUCAAACAUGUGUACAGAGUAGUGAGUUAGUAAAAACAUUUUGUUGUGUACAUUUGACAUUUUUGUUAAAAAUGGAGUCUUUAGAUGAUUUGAUUUCUGCUGGAGAAAGACUAGGCUAUAAAGACGAUAGUUUACGCAAAUAUGUGAGCGAUCAACAAGCUUUGCAGCGUGAAGAAAGAGCGGCAGUUCGUCAAAAGGAGAAAGAUGAACGUGAGUACCAACUACAAUUGGAGCGUAUGUACAAUGACCUUAAGCUGAAACAGAUGGCUGAUGAACAUGAGAUGGAAAUGGCAACGAAGGGCAACAUAUCAGUGAAUGAGGUGAGUAGUAACUCAGUCAAACCAAGUACCCCUAAAAUUCCGUCGUUUGAAGAGAACAGAGAUGAGAUGGAUAGUUAUCUGCGAAGAUUUGAAAGGUAUGCAUCUCUUUGGUCAACUCAUUCGAGUGCUUUACUUAAAGGUCGUGCUUUAGAGGUUUAUGCUUUAAUGUCAAAGUCAAAAGCAGAUAAUUAUGAUGAGCUCAAAGCAGCGUUACUCCAGAGAUAUGACAUGACGGAAGAAGGUUUCAAAAGAAAGUUUCGUUCUUGUCGUCCCGAAAAUAGUGAAACAUUUUCUCAGUUUACUGUCAGAUUAGGUUCUUACCUCACUCGUUGGAUAGAAAUGUCUAAGAUCUCUACGACUUUUGAUGAUCUCUUUGAUCUUAUACUUCGUGAUCAGUUUUUACAUGUGUGCAAUUAUGAUUUGUUGGUGUUUCUUAAACAGAACGUCCCAAAGACGGCAGAUGAAUUAUGCAUUCUAGCAGACCAAUUUCGAGAGGCGAGAAACACAAGUGCUUCAAAUUUAUGUUCAAAGGUUAUUAAGAAACCUACGGAAGUACAAAUAAGUAAGACGCAAGUUAAACCUAAAGAUCUACAGCAACGACCCCAAAACCAGAAGUCUUCGUUCGUUCCAGUGACAGAGAGAAAAUGUUACAUUUGUGGUAAGCAGGGCCAUAUAGCUCCACAGUGUCACAAAUCCAAAGGUAAGAUUUCAGGCGCACUAGUGCAUAAAGAUGAGCGCAGAGACGUUGACAAAACACCAGAGAAUUGUUCUGCAUUUGUUUGUAGUGAGAACUCGGUUCUCUACUCUCAGGUAUGUGACAAAUCAACCAUUUUAACUUCGGCAUGUCACAGCACUAGGAAACCUAUGCCACUAUCUGCUGGAUAUGUGGAUGGUCAACCAGUCACACUUCUUCGAGAUUCUGGUUGUCAAAAUAUUGUGGUAAGGAGAAGCUUGGUGAAAAAUGAAAGUUUAACAGGUGAAUUUGAGGUUUGGUGUAUGGAAAACCCUGUUUUUGAUUUAAUCAUUGGAGAGGUACACGACGCAAGGAAACCCCAUGAUCCCGACCCAGAGUGGAGACCAAAGACUGUCUUAGCAGUGGAGACUCGACAGCAAGCAAGAGAAAAGAAGAAACCUUACCCAGCUCUCAGAGUUCCAGAUAUAGUCAAGGACGAUAUCAAACCUGAGGAUAUACAGCGUGAACAACAAGAGGAUCCAUCCCUUGAAACAUCACUUCGGAAUGCGAAAGAAGGUCGAAUAUCGCGAAAUGGGAAGGUAAGAUGGUUAGAGAAGAAAGGACUUUUGUACAGGGAGUAUCAGGCAUCGGAAAAGGAAGGAGGUAAGACUCUUUCACAGCUCAUAGUACCUUCUAAAUUUCGAACGAUUGUUAUGAAGCUAGCACACGAAUCAGUUAUGUCAGGUCAUCUAGCAACAGGUAGGACUAUAUCCAGAAUUUUGUCAGAAUUCUUUUGGCCUGGUAUGAAAUCUGAAAUUAAGCGGUUCUGUCAAUCAUGUGAUACGUGCCAGAGAACUGUUUCAAAAGGAAAGGUGAGCAAAGUCCCGCUGGACAGAAUGCCUCUGAUAGAUGUACCAUUUAAGAGAGUGGCAGUAGAUAUAAUCGGUCCAUUACAUCCGGCAACAGAUAAAGGUAACCGAUUUAUAUUAACCUUAGUAGAUUACGCAACGAGAUAUCCAGAGGCUAUAGCGCUCCCGGGUAUAGAUACUGAAAGGGUUGCAGAGGCUUUGUUAGAAAUGUUUUCUCGUAUUGGGGUACCAGAGGAGGUUCUUACAGACAUGGGUACACAAUUUACAUCUGGACUUAUGAUGGAGGUAAGUAGGCUAAUUUCAGUGAAACAGCUGACGACAACACCGUACAACCCUAUGUGUAACGGACUAGUGGAAAGGUUUAACGGUACGUUGAAACAGAUGUUAAAGAGGAUGUGUAUCGAUCGACCAAAGGAUUGGGACAAGUACCUACCAGCCGUCCUCUUUGCAUAUCGUGAAGUACCACAGGAAGGCUUAGGCUUCUCCCCAUUUGAGCUAGUGUAUGGUCGCGCUGUUCGAGGACCUAUGACGAUUCUCAAAGACCUUUGGACAAGGGAAAUACAGGAUCCACAGGUAAAGUCCACUUAUCAAUAUGUAUUUGAUCUCAGAGACCGGUUAGAGUCAACCUGUGAACUGGCCCAUCAGAAUCUUGAGAAAGCAUCUAGGAGACACAGAGCUUACUUCAAUAAGAAAGCAAGAAGUCGUAACAUGAAGGCAGGUGAGAAAGUUUUAGUUCUACUACCUACUGACAGUAAUAAGCUGUUAAUGCAGUGGAAAGGGCCAUACCAAAUUGUCAAAAAGAUAGGUAAUGUUGACUACCAAUUAGACAUAAAUGGAAAACUCAAAACCUAUCAUGCAAAUUUGUUGAAAGGUUAUAUUGAACGAUCAAAUCCAGUGGUAAGUUCUGCAAUGUCUGUUGUCAGUUCAGAUAAAAUUGAUGAGUCGGAGUUCGGAGAUGAACAAGAAGGGUAUGUAGAUUCAUGUAAUGUAGAAACAUAUAAGGAUGUAGAUUUGAACCCAGACCUGAGUAGGCAGGAGAAGGAGACAUUGAUGGAACUUCUGCACAGCUUUAGUGACGUUUUGAGUGACAAACCAGGUCACACCCAUGUGUUGGAACACGACAUACGGACAACUACAGACAAACCCAUUAGAGUAAGUCCGAGGCAAAUUCCAUUUGCAAUGAUAGAAACGGUUAAGGAAGAAGUAAGUAAAAUGUUGAAGAUGGGGGUCAUAGAAGAAUCAGAAAGUCCUUAUUCGUCACCUAUUGUUUUGGUUGUGAAGAAAGACAAAUCUUAUCGGUUUUGUGUAGAUUUCAGGGGACUUAAUCGAAUUACUGUGUUUGACGCAGAGCCAAUGCCAGAUAUGGAUGCGAUAUUUGCAAAAUUGUCAGGUCACAAGUUCUUUUCUAAGGGUUAUUGGCAAGUGCCACUUACUCAGUCUGCUCGUCCUUUAACUGCAUUUCAAACUCCUUUAGGGCUUUUUCAGUUUACUAAAAUGCCGUUUGGUUUAGUUACCGCACCAGCGACAUUUUGUCGGCUUAUGCGGGAGGUUUUGCACAAUGUUCCAAACGUUGAUAAUUUCAUUGACGAUAUUCUUAUAUUCACUGACACGUUUGAUCAACAUGUUCUUGUGCUUUCCAAAGUGUUUCAGCGUCUACGUGCAGCAAACCUUACAGCUAGACCAACCAAGUGUUCUGUGGGUUACAAGGAACUUGAGUGUUUAGGACACAUCGUUGGAGGUGACAGAGUGCAACCUCAUCCCGACAAGAUAUCAGCAAUACAACAGGCAAGUCGUCCAACUACCAAGAAACAACUGCGAUCCUUCCUAGGGUUGGUAAAUUUCUACCGAAAAUUUAUUUCAAACUUUGCACAUAUUGCUCUUCCCUUAACAGAUCUUACAAGGAAAUUCUCGUCAAAAAAACUUCAAUGGACUGAAUCACAGGAAAUUGCAUUUCAACAUUUAAAAUCAGCCUUGACAAAGUCACCAAUACUGAAAUUACCAGAUAUUUCAAAAGUUUUUAUUCUUCAGACGGAUGCCUCUGACAAAGGAUUAGGUGCAGUUCUAUUACAGGAGGAAGACGAUAUCAAGUUACCCGUGGCGUAUGCAAGCCGGAAGUUGAAACCGAGUGAGGAACACUAUGCUACCAUUGAGAAAGAAUGUCUAGGUAUUGUAUGGGCGGUCCAGAAAUUCCACCGAUAUCUCUACGGUAAGGAGUUCAUGUUGGAGACCGACCACCAUCCAUUGGUAUAUCUUAACCGGACUAAACUUGUAAAUUCCAGACUUAUGAGGUGGGCACUACUCCUUCAGCCUUAUAGAUUCCGUAUUAUCGCAAUAAGGGGAAAGGAAAACGUCGGAGCUGAUUAUUUAAGUCGACAGGAGUGA